CGCCGUCGGCCGGCCGGGGCUCCUCGAGUGCAUGGGCGCAGGCCGGACGGGCCCUGGGGGCUGAGCGGCCGCGCCGCCUCCGCGCUCCGUGUUCCGCGCCAUGGAGGGCGCCGAGCCCCGCGCGCGGCCCGAGCGCCCGGCCGAGGCCGAGGCGCGGGCGCCCGACGGCGGGCGCUUGGUGGAGGUGCAGCUGAGCGGCGGCGCCCCGUGGGGCUUCACCCUGAAGGGCGGCCGCGAGCACGGCGAGCCGCUGGUCAUCACCAAGGUUGAAGAAGGAAGUAAAGCGGCGGCGGUGGACAAGCUGCUGGCGGGGGACGAGAUCGUCGGCAUCAACGACAUCGAUCUCUCGGGCUUUAGACAGGAGGCGAUUUGCCUGGUGAAGGGCUCUCAUAAAACCCUGAAGCUCGUAGUGAAGAGGAAGAAUGAGGUGAGCUGGAGGCCUCACUCCUGGCAUGCCACCAAGUUCUCCGACAGCCACCCCGAGACGGCAGCAGCGCCGUUCCCCACCGCCAGCGCCUGCCCUUCUUGGCACGGCCGACACCACACCAGCUCCUCGUCUCACGACCUGUCGGGCCCGUGGGAGCAGUCGAACCUGCGGCGAACCUCGGACCACUUCAGCUGGCUCGGGAGCGUCGACAGCCUGGACCAGCCUUCCCAGCACGACCCGGCCGGACGCCUCUCCGCGGCCAAGUCCAGCAGCAGCAUCGACCACCUGGGCGGCCAGAGCAAGCGGGACUCGGCCUACGGCUCCUUCUCCACCAGCUCCAGCACGCCUGACCACACCCUGCCCAAGGCCGACGCCUCCUCCGCAGAGAACAUCAUCUACAAAGUGGGCCUGUGGGAGGCCUCCAAGCUGGGCGGCAGCCGGCAGGGCCAGGCUGCCAGUGAUGCUGCGGGCCUGGAGGAGAGGCUCGGGUACUUCCCAGCCCGGGCCCCCUGUGACAGCCGCAAAAGCCCCAGGCCGGAGGACAGUCCUGAGGCCAAGCUGGCCACCGCCGGGAGGUCAAAUUUUGGGCCCGUCUGGUAUGUCCCUGAGAAGAAAAAAGCACCUUCGUCCCCUCCUCCGCCCCCUCCGCCUGUCCGCAGUGACAGCUUCGCGGCCACCAAGAGCCACGAGAAGACCCAGGGCCCUCCAUUCUCAGAGGCGGCCAACGUGCAGCACUUCCUGGGCCUGACCCGGGCCCAGCCCUGCGGCGACUGGAGAACAGAAGCUGCCGAUCAGUGGAGGCCGGUGCAUCCCAGUGGCGGGAGAGCCGUCGGGAGUUCGGGCUGCGCGCCGGACGUCCCCCUGGACGGGGCGGUGCUGCCCUCCGACCACGGGGCUGGCAGCCUCCCAGGGGCUCCCGGCCGGCUGCAAGCCUCCCUGUCCAGCACGGAUGUGCGCUUCCUGCCGUCUUCCCACAGCUGCCAGCACCCACGCCAGUACAGUGACGACAGCCCCUUCUCCCGCGAGGGCCCCAGGACCGCCACGUCGCUGAGGGAACAGCCCCGCCUGGCCAUCCCCGGGGGCCGCCAGGAGCCGCCUGCUGGCCGUUUCCGGGACGACAGCCCCCCUCAGGUCAGGUGGCCCGGUGCCACCAACCAGAAGGGGGAUGGCGGCGGGCAGAGCCGCUACUACUGUGUCACCAGCAGACAGUGCCCGCAGGGGGGCACGCAGGCAGCGUGGCUGCACGAGGAGGCCUCACAGCCUGGCGUGGCCCCAGGCGCCCCCGAGUACCCUGCCCUCCACCCGACGGGCCAGAGGCCCCAGUGCUCCCUGCUGCAGCCCCAGGUGGCCGCAGGCCCCCCCGAGAGAGACGGGAGCGAUCCGGGGGACCGAGGGGCAGAGGGCCGCUCCGCAGCACGUGAGGACGCGCGGGAAACCAGGCCCGUGGCAAAGGCCGGCACGAGGGGCUCUGCAGACGGCUUCGCGUGGGCCGACGGCGAGAGCAGCCAGAUCUCCCGUCAGAAGACCCCCAUGCUGCACUCGCUGACGCGGGAGGGGACGCGGCGGCCCGAGAACGGGCAGGAAGCCCACGUGGAGAGGCCGCCCCCGACAGAUGUCCCAGGGGGCAAACCGACGCGGCGGAGUGACCGGUUCGCCACCACCCUGAGGAAUGAGAUCCAGAUGCGACGGGCCAGACUGCAGCAGAGCAAGGGCACGGCGGCGCUGACCGGGGUGGGGGGCGCGGCGGGGGAGGCCGCCGGCUGGGGGGCGCCGCCCGGGGCUGCCGCCAGCGCCACCCCAACAGGGUCCUUCACGGGCACCUACAGAGACCACGUGAAGGAGGCCCAGGCCCGGGUGCUCAGGGCCACUUCGUUCAAGCGCCGUGACUUGGAGCCCAGCCCAGCCGAUCCUUACGCAGGGUCACCGGAGCACCGGGCUGAGGACCACAGGGCCAGUCCAGACCCGGCCUCCCGCGUCUGGGAGGGGGGCCCGGCCAAGCCGUCCCCGUCGGGAGCAUGCGGGCUGCACGUUCCCCGCAUCGGAGGCCGCAAGCGGUUCACGCUGGAGCAGAAGCUGAAAUCCUACUCCGAACCAGAGAAGAUGAACGAGGUGGGGCUCUCGGGGCACGAGCGCCCUCAGCAGCACCCCACGACGUCCGACGAGACGCUGGGCACGUUCGCCGACAGGUGGAAGUUCUUCGAGGAAACCAGCAGACCCGUCCACCAGAGGCCGGGGCCGAGCCCAGCACGCUGUGGUUUCCCAAAGGAGAGGCUGGAGAGGCCGCAGACAGCAGGCCGCGGGUACGAGGGUGCAGAGCCUUGGUUCCAGAAGCGGGCCCGCACUACCUCCUUUGGAGAGCACCCCAGUGGUCACGGAAACGUGGGGAAGGUCGGAAAACGGGAACCGCCCCAGAGACUUGGGACGUUUGCUGAGUAUCAGGCCUCUUGGCGGGAACAGAGGACAGCUCUAGAAGGCAGGAGCUCCGGGCGGUACCACUCAGCCGACGACAUCCUGGACGUAGGUCUGGAGCAACACGAGAGGCCGCAGUACGUUCAUGGACGGUCCCGGUCUUCGCCGUCCACGGACCUCUACACACAGGAAGCUGCCAUCGGACCGCAGCAGCCCGUGGGGGACCCUGGUGAGCGCAGAGAACGUUCCUCCGCAGUCUGGGCCAAGGAGGGACAGCCCCGUCCGAGACAAGCAGAUGCCCAGUGUCCAGAGGUCGGUCCGGCAGCACAGCAGGACCCCCCGGAGCCGUCCCAGGAGGCCCGCUGCCGAGCGGGGACCCUACCUCGAGAUUACAGAUACCCAGAGGAAACACUCGGCCCAGGACCACACGUGCCGGACACCCCUUCGGCCCUGCACACUUGGGGGCAGGACCCAAGGCCCGUGAACACUGCAGCGCUCCCCAAGAAGCCAGCCCCACAGAGGCCGCCGCCACCCAAACGUGAACCCAGGCAACUCAAGGGCCUGGCCGGUGGCCCGCCUGGGGCCGCUCACCUAGGUGCCCCCAGCCGGUCCCUCGCCCCGCCGUCCCCGGAGGCCCUGGAGGCGUGUGUGGACCGUCUGUCCCUGUCCCACAGCCCCUGUCCCUUGGUGGAGAAGCUGAGCAGUGUGCAGCCGGAAGACGGCGUGAGGGCGGCCGGCGAGCACGGCGGGCGGCAUGUAGACAAGCACGCAGCCUGUCCGAAGCUCGAGGCCCCGCUCCCUUCCAGGUUCCGGCCCCUGCCGACGUCCGCCAUGGAGACUUCUCGCUCCCCUUCUCCUCAGUUCGCGCCCCAGAAGCUGACCGACAAACCGCCCCUGCUGAUCCAGGACGAGAAUGGCGCAAGGAUCGAGCCGGUGGCGGACGGCAGCGGCACGGUGAAGAGGGUGCCCGUCAAGAUCGUGCACUCAGAGAGCCGGCCCGAGAAGGAGAGCCGCCAGGGCCUGGCCCGCGCCGCGGAGCUGCCCGCGCUGCCCAGCGGGCUAGAGAAAGACCAGAUCAAGACACUCCGCACGUCCGAGCAGUCCUACUCGCGCUUCUGCCUCUACAGCCGGGAGGACGCCGAGCCCGAGCCCCCGCGCCCCAGCGCCCCCACACCCGGCGCCAAGGACGGCGGGGCCUCCCCCUCCAGCCUCAGCUACGUGAGGGCCAAAGAGAGGACGGCCGAGGACCUCAAGUCGGAGGAGCUGGCCCGGGAGAUCGUGGGAAAGGACCGGUCCCUGGCCGAGAUCCUGGACCCCGGUGUGAAGAUGAGGACCACCAUGGACCUCAUGGAGGGCAUCUUCCCCAAAGACGAGCACCUGCUGGAGGAAGCCCAGCAGCGCCGCAAGCUGCUGCCCAAAGUCCCGUCUCCGAGAGGCGCGGACGAGAAGAGAGAGGAGCCGGGUGCGCCCGCGGCCAUGUCCCUGGCCACCAACUCCACCUACUACAGCACAUCGGCCCCCAAGGCAGAGCUGCUGAUUAAGAUGAAGGACCUGCAGCAGCAGGAGGAGCCGGAAGACGACGCAGGGAGUGACGUGGACCACGACCUGGCCGUGAAGAAGCAGGAGCUCAUCGAGAGCAUCAGUCGCAAGCUGCAGGUGCUGCGGGAGGCCCGGGAGAGCCUGCUGGAGGACAUGCAGGCCAACAGUGCACUUGGGGAUGAGGUGGAGGCCAUGGCCAAAGAUGUCUGCAAACCCAACGAGUUCGACAAGUUCCGCAUGUUCAUCGGGGACCUGGACAAAGUAGUGAACCUUCUGCUGUCGCUGUCCGGCCGCCUGGCCCGUGUGGAAAAUGCCCUCAAUAAUUUGGACGACAGCACUUCUCCUGGUGACCGGCAGUCACUGCUCGAGAAGCAGCGGAUGCUCAUCCAGCAGCACGAGGACGCCAAGGAGCUGAAGGAGAACCUGGACCGCCGGGAGCGCGUCGUGCUCGACAUUCUGGCCAGCUACCUGAGCGAGGAGAGCCUAGCCGACUACGAGCACUUCGUGAAGAUGAAGUCCGCGCUCAUCAUCGAGCAGCGGGAACUGGAGGACAAGAUCCACCUGGGAGAGGAGCAGCUGAAGUGCCUGUUCGACAGCCUCCAGCCCGACAGAGCCAAGUAAGGGGAGCCCUCCCUGGCGGAGGGCGGAAGCUGGCGCCGGGCGCUCCGUU